GUUACAAUACAACUUUUUAGAAGCUACUGCAGUUUUUAAGGUAUUUUAAAAGUGCGGCUACCGGACAAUUUAAAAAUUGCAUCAAAGUAAGACAGAUUAGCUUUUGCUCUAAAAAUAAGGUGCCAUUUAAACGUGUUGAACCGCACACGUAAGAAUGUCCUCCAGAUUAAACUUGGUGCGAACUUUUUUGAGUCAGUCCAGUUCUUCCGGCGAUGGAGACCGAUCGCUUCCCUUGUCUGGUGGCACUCCCAGCGAAGGAGUAGAUAGCGGCUUUCAAACACGCACACCGGAAAGUACGCCUACGACCCAGCGUAAAAUUAUCGGUCGUGGCCAGCUCGUAGCGGGUGCGGCUACUAUUGCAGGAACGGGAACAUCCGGAGCAGGUUCGUCAGAAUCGGACCAGCAGUCCAGUAUCGUUUCCGGAGCUCCGUCGUACGUAGGCCGUGGUCGUGCUCAGUUUAUUGCGGCACUGAUACAGCAACCGGUUGAGCCAGCUCGCUCGGUCACAUCCGAUGAUGCCAGCUCCGUCACUUCUGCCAGAAUUUCUACCAUCGGUGGAGGACGUGGGAGAUUUAUUCAGCAAUUGCUGAACACAGCCCCGGGAACGAUCUCCCCACCGACCAAUGGCAGCAAGAAAGAUUCCGAUUUGUCGGACAAGAUGUCGCAAGCAACAAUAAGUGUCGUUGAAACGAUUGAAGUUGAAAAGGCGCCGGUUGUUAAGACUGGAACAAGAGGAACUCCUGUGGAGUUGAUGACCAAUUACAUAAGAAUUGCAUGCAAUCCCGAUCGCGGAAUCUAUGAGUACGAAGUUCGUUUUUCUCCGGAAGUAGAUUCCAAAGCUGUUCGCUCACGUUACAUUGCGCAGCAUGCUGAUGUCAUUGGGAAUGCUAAAACUUUUGACGGCGUUAAGCUUUAUUUACCAAAAAAACUUCCAAACCCGGAAACAAUUCUCUAUUCGAAGAAUCCGGUUGAUGGCCACGAGGUGACGAUAAAGAUUAUAUUCAAGAGAAAACAACGAAUGAGUGAAAAUGUACAGUUCUACAAUAUUCUGUUCCAACGGAUCAUGAAGGUGCUAAAAAUGGUCGAAAUGGCACGGAAAAAUUUUGAUCCAUCCGCUCCGAAGCUGAUUCCGCAGCAUAGGUUGGAAAUUUGGCCCGGCUAUGUCAGCGCCGUCGACGAGUACGAGGGUGGACUGAUGUUGAAUCUGGACGUUUCACAUCGUGUGCUGUUGCAGACGACCGUUCUCGAUCAUAUCAAAAUAUUGGCUCGAUCAAAUCCACAGGAUUAUAAAAACUUGUCUACAAAGUCUCUCCUAGGUGCCGUCAUUUUAACGCGUUAUAACAACAAAACGUAUCGCAUCGAUGAUAUUUUAUUUGACCAGAAUCCCAUGAUGACCUUCCAGGCCAGUGGAAAAGAGAUUUCUUACAUUCAGUACUACAAACAGCAGUACAACAUUGACAUCACCGAUAUGAAGCAGCCGCUGCUGAUCCACCGCCGGGAGCGCCGGGUAGCUGGACAAGAUAAAAUGCAGGAAAUGAUGAUGUGCCUUAUUCCGGAGAUUUGCUAUCUGACGGGACUAACCGAUGAAAUGCGCAGCGAUUUCAAAGUGAUGCGUGAUAUUGCCGCAUUCACUCGUGUUUCUCCGAAUCAGCGACUGAAUAGUAUGCGUCAGUUUUGUCGCAAUGUAAAUGAUAACCGCGAAGCCCGAGAGAUCCUGGAAGUUUGGGGUCUAAAACUUGAUAUGGAACCCAUUAUAAUGAAAGGACGCUGUUUCGAUGAGGAAAAAGUCAGGUUUGGCAAUGGCGCCGAAAUCGGAGUGGGCAGAGCUGGCGAUUUUAAUCGGGCAGUAACCAGCAAUCAUAUGCUGCAAGUGGUCAACAUUCGCAGCUGGUUGCUUAUUCACACCGGAAAGGAUGCUAAAGUCGCCAGAUCGUUUAUGGACUGUGUCGACCGAAGCUGCCGCCCUAUGGGCAUACAGAUCGCUCCACCACAGAUUGAGGUUUUAAAUGCCGAUAGAACCGAACAGUACGUACAGGUACUGCGUUCGAAAAUUCGCCAAGACACGCAGAUCGUAGUUAUCAUUUGUCCGACCUCUCGCGACGACCGCUACGCGGCAAUAAAACGAAUCUGUUGUUCGGAAAUUCCAGUGCCGUCGCAGGUCAUCAACGCACGGACGCUGAGCAACGAGUCGAAGAAUCGUGCCAUUGUGCAGAAGAUCAUUCUUCAGAUGAACUGCAAACUUGGUGGAACGCUCUGGAGCAUCAAGAUCCCGUUCACCAAUGUUAUGAUCGCCGGAAUCGAUACCUACCAUGACCCGAAGCAGAAGAGUAGCUCUGUUUCGGCAUUUGUGGCUUCGCUCAACGGAGAUUACACCCGCUGGUAUUCGCGAGCCUGCAUUCAGAACAAAAAGGAAGAGUUCAUGAACGGGCUGUGUGCGUCGUUGGAAAAAUCACUGAAAGCAUAUCAGAAGCUUAAUUGUGUGCUUCCUGAUAAAGUAAUCAUUUUCAGGGACGGUGUCGGUGACGGCCAGCUGCGUAUGUGUUCGGAAUACGAAAUACCUCAGCUUCAGGAGGCGUGCAAACUUCUUGCUCCCGAUUACUGUCCGCAGAUAGCAUUCGUUGUCGUUCAGAAGCGCAUAAAUACGCGCAUGUUUCGUAUUGACGGACAAACCAAUCUGGACAAUCCGAACCCGGGUACUGUGCUGGAUCAUACCGUCACUAGACGACACCACUUCGACUAUUUCCUCGUUCCGCAAUCAGUUCGACAGGGCAGCGUCUCUCCCACGCAUUAUAUCGUGGUGUGCAAUCAACCGGAUUACAGCCCAGAUAUUUUGCAACGGCUAAGCUACAAACUGUGCUAUCUCUAUUACAAUUGGCCAGGAAGCGUGCGCGUCCCGGCCUGUUGUCAGUACGCUCACAAAAUGGCCUAUUUGAUCGGACAAUCAGUAAAACGGAAUCCCGACGAGAGUCUCAACGAUAAACUGUUCUAUCUGUAAAAGGAAAACUUUUGUUUCCUAUAGCUCUUCUUUGCCUUCAGCCAAAUUAUCGAUUUUGUCGUUUGAUGGUCUUUUUAGAAUGUACAACAUUCAAAGCUAUAAUAUUGAAACUAGUUUUUAUGUUUUAGUUUAUUAGAGCAUAGCUUUCCCUCACAUUACUGAUCUUAUAAUACCAAAACGAGAGGAUGUCUCCGACAGCAGAAAACAGGUUUUAUCCUAUGUUCCCAUGUUAUUUGCGAUUGCGCCUCUUUAUAGCGCAUCAACGUAGAAGGAUUUAUUUGGUCCCUUAACAGGGCAACUAUAUUUAUGAAAGAGAUACUUGAUUCUAAACAAACUUACGACUAGUAGCAAUAUACAAUGCACUAUUUUCAAAAUCCUAUACUGAAAAUGAAGGUGUUAAAUGUUUAGACCAGAGCUUCCAACAGGAGGGAUCUCAAUCUGAUGUUAAUCAUUCUAUAGUUUAUAACUUUUCUGAUGUGAUUUAUAUGGAAUAAAAGAGGAAUCAAACAGAAUCGAUCU